AUGAUUUUUCAGUUCGGUGAGAUAGACCUCAAGAACAUCUCUCCUGCCAUUGGGGUUGUUAGCAAUGAAGUCAAGUACAAACCUAUGAGUCGUGGCAACGAAUAUCUUUUUGAUGAGGAGGAGAGAGAGCGAAGCUUUGGAGAGCACUUGGUGUUCUAUUGCGGAUCAUCAUAUAUCACUGGUGUGGCAGCGGGCGUUGCGGUGGGGGUGGUUGAGGGCUUGCAGAAGGGACAGAACCUGCCGAACUCAAGGCUGAAAUUGAACGCUGUGGUGAAUGCCUGCUCGAAGCGAGCUCCUGUGUUCGGAAGCAACCUUGGCGUGCUAGCAUUGAUGUUCACCACUUCAGAGAGGAUUACUAGGUAUGUGAGAGACAGCGACGACACGCUGAACCCCAUCAUUGGAGCGGCUUCUACGGGUUUUAUGUUCAAGUGCACUUCAGGAAUGCGAGCUUGCCUAGGUUGGACAUUAGCAGGAGGAAUAGGCAUGACGCUCAUAACACUCACUGGGCAGGUCCACAACUUCCUCUAUCGCAGCAGAAUUGCAGACUUCGACGUGCGGUCGGUCAUGAGCAGCUCGACUCAGUCCUCAUAA